AAGAGAAGAGCAGAGCUUUACCAGCACAGCCCAGUAUGGCUUAUACAGGCAGAGAAAGGAGAUAAAUCCAUAGCUAUCAAAGUCCAUGUUCAGCAGACACCUCCUUCAGUUAAGAGGUGACCUCAGUGGGAGUUCCCCCCAUGGUGAUUAUGUUAAAUCCGUUAUACACUCACCUGGACGUCAGCUGUGUAAUAAGAUGGGCAAAGCUUAGGUGUAUUGACCUGAGAAGCUGCAGCCUCCUUGUCAUCUCUUCAAUCUACCUGGACCUACUUGGUCUCACUUUUGUGGCCUCCCUGGACCCCUCCAGUGUCAAGACUUCAGCCUCCUUGGAACUCUUUAAAAUCCCCUUUUCAGAUCCUUUGGAUUUAUCCAGUCUGAGCAGUUUGUCCUCUGUGGACUCCUCCAGUCUCACUUCUUCAUCUUCUCUGGACCUUUCAAGUCUCACACCUUCAGCCCCUUCAGACUUCUCCAGUACCUCCUCAGAGCUCUCCAGUCCCACCUAUUCAGACUCCUGGGAGCGCUCCAGCUUCACCUCUUCAAUUUCACUGGACCUAUCAAGUGUCACUUCAUCAAGCUCUCUGGAUCUCUCUGGCGACAGUUCUUCAAUCUCCUUGGAUCUCUCAAGUCUCACCUCUAUACCCUCCCCAGAUUUCUCCAGUCCUACUUCUUCACCCUCUCUAGACCUUUCUAGUCUCACUUCUUCAUCCUCUCUAGAUGUUUCCAGUCACACUUCCUCAGCUUCCUUGGUCUUUUCCUGUACAGUCCCUCCAUCCACACUAGGUGUCUCAGACCACACCUCCUCAACCUCUUCAGAAUCACUAGAUUUUACUGAUUUUUUCAUGUUUCAGGGCUCCUCUAAAUUAUCCUUAUCGACCUCUGAGGAUGUUUCUAAUCUCAUCUCUACACCCUUUCUGGAUGUCUCCAAUCUCACCUUUCAGGAUGCUUCUUUCCUCACUUCCUCAGUUGCUUUGGACAGUUCUAAUCUCACAUUUUGAGUUCCCCCAGACCUAUCCACUCUCACAUUUCUGGAUGUUGCUAAUUGCAACACUUCAGCUUCUCUUUACCUCCGCAUCUAACCCUCAACACAUCCCUCCUUUUCUCUACUACCCCUCUAUAUCUUUCUAAACUUUCCUCCUUUAUAUGCUCUUUCCUAAAUCCUCUUUCUGAAUGUUCUUAUCUGAGGAAAGUCUAGGGCUUUACAAAUAUAUCCCGGCAUCUAAACAAAACUGGGCAUCAAAACAGGUUGCACAAAUCUAUAAUGGUGCCUUGUUUACAGCUGCCUAAAGAUCAAUAUAUAUUCUGGAAUUUUUGUAGAGCACAAUUUCUGUCACUAAUCUAAUUUCCAUUCUGUCUCAGUGUGGUACCUCUCCCAAAAGUUUAAUUUUCCUAAUUAAUGCUGAAUUUUUAUCUAUCAAGAUCAACAAAUACUAAAUAAGAGCUAAACAUGCAAAUAAUUGUGUAUCUCCAUUAUGGAUUUAAAUCUGAGUGCAUUGCACAGAAUUGCAGGCAGAGGCACUUCAUGUGGAGGUACAGAGAGAAAACUGGGGAAAAAAUAGCAGUUGGGAGACAGGGGUAGGGAGAGGAAUCAGAGAAGGUGUGGGGCAGGAAUAGAAGGAUAGAGGGACACAUAGCUGGAAGAAAUAUGUCCAACUUUGCUAGCAUGACUUUUUUUCUACCAAGCCAUAUUUGUGUCCUGGGCUACCCAUGAGGCUUAAAAUAAUCAUCUUGAUAACUAUGUUACCUAUCAAAUCAUCAGAAGAUACUAUUAAAACAGCAUUUGUAUGUUAUAUCCCCUUUAUCAAUAUAUGUAAGUAGUGCAGUUGUGUUGCAUCAAAUAUGUUCUAUAAGUAGCAGAGAGAGGCUUCCUUAAAUCUUUGGUGCUUUCUUGUAUCUUUCUGAUAUCAUUGGUGUAGUUGGGUUUUAGAAAACAGGUAUGUUUUGUUUCAAUAUCAUACCACUGGUACCCUUUCUGUGUUAAAAGCACUGUCAUCAUAAACAAGCAUUUUUUAACUGAUUUAAUUUCUGCAAGUUGGAAAGCUUUGCUCUAAUAUGCCAUGUCUGUCCCAAAAUUAGGAUAAAAAGGGCUCACACAAAAAAUAAAUAAGGAAAUAAAUGCAUGAAAUAAGAAUUAUUUUCGGUCUCAUUUAUGCUUCUUAUUUUCUUGAAGUUAUGUAGGAAAGAUUGUAAUACAUAGAUUUUAGAAAUGAAUCCCGAAUUCAGUAGGAGAAAAGUUGUUUAGCAGUAUAAAAAAAAAUCACAAAUCAUGAGUCCAAAUGGACAGAACUAGAGUAAUGUAGCAGCCUAAAGUGUCCACUUUCA